AUGACUGUGGAAAAUAAGCCUCUAGAUGUGCUCGUGAUCGGAGCUGGUGUUGCUGGUCUUUCAGCCACCAUCGCUCUAGGGAAACAGGGUCAUCGCGUUGUGAUUCUGGAGAAGUCAGCAUUCCUCAAGGAAACUGGAGCAGCUAUUCAUUUACCACCGAAUUGUACCGCCUUGUUGCGUUGGAUGGGUGUCGAUCCUACUGAAUUCGGGGGUACUCUUCUGCACGAGAUUCAACGGUAUGGGUCUGCUGGUGAUUUGAAAUACAAAAAAAAAUUUGCCGACAUUCGCCAUACAUGGCAGGAUGAGUGGUAUCUCGUUCACCGCGUGGAUUUGCACAAUAAUCUCAAACAGCAUGCUCUUAAAACCGCGGCUCUGCACACGAAAUGCACAAUCACGAGCAUCGAUAUCCAUGCUACUCGUUCCUCGGUCACCCUUGAGGAUGGACGGACUUUCGAGGCUGACCUCUUGCUUGGAGCAGACGGACUACAUUCUCAGGUUCGCGGUGUUAUUGCUCCGGGGGCACCUGCACCGUACCAAGCAGGAAAGUCGUGCUUCCGAUGGCUGCUUCCCACUGAAGAUCUGCAAAAGCACGAAUGUACCCAGGAACUUGUGCAGAAUCCAGGGAUCUUCAUUGAAUGGGCGGGUGAUACUUGUCGCCUCGUCGCAUACCCAUGUUCUGAUAGCAAUGUGUAUAAUCUGUGUGCUUUCGUUCCCUCUAGUGAGGUCAAAUUUGACACCCAGACCGAUGGCUGGCAAUCAGUGGGCAACAAAGAUACCAUCGUUCGGAUGUUCUCGAAAUUCGCCCCAGCAGUUCGGAAAAUUAUUGAAAGGGCCGACGAUAAGUUAAAGGCCUGGGGUAUGUUCGACAUGGAGGCUUUGCCGACAUGGACGACAGGCACAGCGGCACUUAUCGGCGAUGCUGCACAUCCAUUCCAACCAUACAUGGGCCAAGGUGGAGCGAUGGCUAUCGAAGAUGCCGUCGGUAUUGCAGCGUUACUUCCACUUGGUAUCAAGGCACAGGAGAUUCCUUCGCGACUGAAACUUUACGAAUCCAAUCGCCGACCCCGCGUAGAAUUGGUUCUUGAAUAUACCCGGCUGAACGGUCGCGACGAGAAUGAUACUGCUGGUGCUCGGAUCACACCGGCUGACAUGGUGAAAAUGAUGGGAACAAUUUUCUCGUACAAUGAGAUUGAGCAGUGUGAAAAACUUCUGGGAGGCCAGUAA